AUGCAUUGGUACGACAGUGUGUACGAGGCAUGCAAACACUGCAACGGAUAUACUGCACCCGAAGCGCUCUAUGGACCUGAAAGGAUUAUAGCGAAUGGAUGUGAAUUGCAACAUAAAACGUUUUCAUUCGUUGAUUAUCGUUCGGGAAGAGAAGUUCGCUUAUAUGGUAUUAUAGACCGAUACACGCCAGGUGCAGACGCUGAUGAACUGGUAAAUCAGCUUGUUACUGAUUUACUACCUUUCGAUCGUACAACCGACCACAUAUUGAACAACAAUCCCAGCGAUCGACAGAUAUAUUGUUUGUUGGAUGGAGUAUUACGCAAGGUUUUUAAAGUCGAUUUAAAUAACGGCAAUGUAAACACACCCUUAUAUUAUGGAAACGACUCACAGGGAUCACCUGGAUCUUCUGGAAGCAUGCAUGGGAGCAAUGGCACCGUACAAAUAAAUGGAAAUUUUGUAGUACCAAAUAAUGGAAUUAAUUUGUCAAACACGGUAAUAUCGAAUCAACCAAUUACUGAAGUAGUAGCUCAGAAGUUGUCUGUGAUGCAGUUCCUUAAUUUUUAUAAGGAUAUCAUUGAACGAGUAGAUGAAGCGGCGAAUGCAGACGAGAAAAGACACAUGAAUUCGGUGGCUAAUAUAAAUCAAGUUAAUCUGAUAACUCCUCCAUUUAAUCCGUAUAACAUGACACCAAUGGCACCAAUGGCACCACUACAACCGCUAGCACCAUUACCACCACUAGCACCACCAGUGCCACAGUUUCCAUAUCCGCUGGGAAAUCCCUAUCCUCAUGUUGAAGUAACUUCAAAUAACAAUUUCAUGUACUGCCAACCUCCUCCAGUGUAUCCACCAAGAAGAAAAGGUAGUGCGACUAGUAGAAAAUUUAUAGCUCGCAAUACAACUUUACCACCUAUUAUGGAAUCAUCUGAAAGAUGGUGGACUGAUGAGGGUGAGUGUCUGACACAUCUUAAUCAACAGCAGAAUCUUAACCUUCCGGGAAAUGCAAUUAUGCCGCAAUCAAUUCCUCAGCCAAUUCCGCCAUUCCAGUUAACUUCUGCGACACCUCCUAUAGAAGUUGCUCGCAGUAGUAAUGACGACCAAUUUCUCCAUGAAAUUGAGAGAGUGGCUACUGAUCUAGGUUUUAUCGAGAACUAUGUUUUCAAAGAACGCGGUGAAACACCAAGUGUUAAAAGUGAGGAUAAAGGUACCAUCGUUGAUUCUUUAAAUUGCGGUGAUACAUUUUCCCCAUUUACGGCAGCAGCAAUCGUCUUUAUUUUUGGUGACAAAAUGUUCGUUGGCAGUAUUGGUGAUUCGAGGGUUAUUUUGAUGCGCCAAAAAUGCCAUUAUUUGGAUGUAAUGUAUUUGAAUGAGCCACCGCUUGCUUGGUAUCCUAUUGCAGCGGCAAAAAAUGCAUGUUUCAAAGGCAAACAUUACAUUUUAUUCCAAGAACCGAUCAUUCGUGGUGGAUUUCUGAUUAAUGAUUAUUCAAUUUUUCUUUUGAUGUUCAACGAAGGUGUCGUUACGAACAUGUUAAAUUUGAAUGACCGUCACCGAACUUCCAAUGAAAUAAAUCGAACCGCUGUCCAAAUGGUCAUUAAAAUUCUUGCAAAGUAUCCUUCAGGAGAUAUCGCACAAAAAUUUGUAGCACAUAUUAAGCACAGCUGCAAUCGAAAAUACAAGCCAAUCACUGUAUUAGGUGGAGUUAGACGAGAGGCGAUGUCAUUUCUGUAUGUGGACCUUCGACCACUAGUUGAAACAUUGAAAAAUGCAAAGGAAUACGAUAGUAAAGAAUAUGAUCAUAUUAUGAAGAUUUGUGAACCGCAGCUGAAUGUUUCGGAACCAAAAGUGGAAUCGCACCCAAAAUUGAAGGAAUAUUCAUCUCCGCUGGAAGUGGAUGAGGAAACUGUAAAGAAUGCUACAUCGAUGAACAAAGUAUAUGAUAUGUUUCAAGAAAUAUUUGAGCGUGAGGAACGUGAACGUCGAUUAAUGGAGAGUAUUUCCAACAUAAGUGAAGAUACAUGGCUGUUUCUGAGAAGUGAUCAGAAUUAA